GACGCGUGCGCGCUGGCCGCGGAGGCCUGGGCAGAAGCGGAGGACGCUGGCGGCUGCGGAGGCGCAGGCGGCGGCAGCAGCAGCGACGAGCUCUGCUCCAUGGCCGAGGAGCUGUGCAGGAAGUGCCAGACGAACGCGAGCGCCUUCCAGCCCGCGGGCAACCAGAGCGGCCUCGCGGCCGCCCUGGAGGGCUCCGAUCCUGCCGACACCGAGGGCAUGUCGCUGGCGGAGCUCGACAGCGGGGCGCUCCAGAUGAAGUGUGCAUUCGCGGGUAAAACGGAGUGGAACCAGGUGCACUGCAAGCAUUGCGGUGCUCACUGGCAGACAGGCGAGAAGAAGAAGGCCAGGAAGGGCAAAGGGACUGACCGAGAUGGUUGGAACCAAGGUAAGCUGGGCGAUUUUCCUCCUGGGCUUGGCGGCAAGGUUCCGUUGCCAGUCGGAGCCCAGGCAGGAGGGAAGGACCCAGUGCCAGAUUUAUCCAUUGAGGAUGUGCGACAAAUCAUCGAGUUGGCCAACAAAGGGAAGAAUGCUCCCCUCGCACAGUACUACGAGUCGGUCUUGGUGGCCAAGGACCGCACCGCAGUCUCCCCACAGGUUCGUGCUGACCAAGCAAAUCGUUCCAUCGUCAAGUUGGAAGGGGAGCUGCGGGUCCAGACCACGACGCUGGCAGAUAUGCACGAGCAGGUGCAGAAGCAGCAGGAGGUCGUGUCCACCACCAUGGCUGAGCUGGCGGCGCAGGAGGAGAUUUACAAGCAGGCGAUCACCGAGCUCCACUGCACCAUAUCCUCAGCUCAGCCUGAGGGUGCCGCAUCAGCCAAGAAGGUGGUCUCCUUGGGUGAUAUUCUCAGUGGCAAGGACACCGAUUGGGACUUAUCGUGCGGUGAUGAUUUAUUCGGGUUGGGAGAAUAUAUUGAUCUGCAGGGGUCCGAUGUCAAAGAAGCUAAAGAUCGGGAGGCUCGACCCAAAACUCAGUUUAGGGAGUUGGCCACCAACCUGUUCGGCGAGCUCAAGGCCAAGGCCGAGGGCGCCCAGAAGGAGCAGGAAGAACUACGGGCCCGACUUGCGGGCAAUAAGGAGCGGCGUGAGAAGGCCCAAGCUCUCCUGGCCAAGGGUAUCGGCAAGAGCAAGGAAGUCGAGGGCCAGGCGAGUCUUUAG